UAUCCAUCUCUCUCUGUUCGUCUCAAAAAUCCUUAAAUUCAAACAUUCACUCCCCUUCAACUCAUGCAUGCACUUCUCCUCCAGAUUCCAUGAUGAUGAGCAAUUAUGGAGGACAACGACUACUAGUGGUCGACUGUUGCUAUUGCCAGACCCAAAUCCCGCUGCCUUCUGUGAGUCCGAUAUCCGUCCGCUGCGGCCGCUGCUAUGCCAGUACCCGCGUCGCCUCUCCGGGCUUCCCCCGCUCCCCCUAUAGUGCUGUACCCUACUAUGUCCUUAUAAACCCACCACCACACGCCUGCUUCCCCUAUAGAUCACCAGGACCUCCGCCGAACGUGCACAGGCAGAAGAAGGCUGUGAUCUGCGGGAUUUCGUAUAGAUACUCGAGCCAUGAGCUCAAGGGUUCCAUCAAUGACGCCAUACGCAUGAGGCAUCUCCUCAUCAGCAAGUUCAAGUUUCCAGAAGAUUCCAUUGUCAUGCUCACUGAAGAAGAAACUGACCCAUAUAAGAUUCCAUAUAAAAGCAAUAUUAAAGGGGCAUUACGUUGGCUUGUACAAGGAUGUCAACCGGGUGACUCCCUUCUGUUUUACUUCUCUGGUCAUGGUUCACAGCUGAGGGAGCAGUAUCGUGGUGAUGAACUUGAUGGAUAUGAUGAAACCCUUUGUCCCCUUGACGUCGAAACCCAGGGUAUGAUUCGUGAUGAUUGGAUAAAUGCAACAAUUGUUAGGCCCAUUCCAUAUCGGGUCAAGCUUCAUGCAAUUAUAGAUUCUUGUAAUAGUGGCACCAUGCUGGAUUUGCCAUGGCUUUGCAGAAUGGACUGGGGUGGAAACUAUACAUGGGACAAGGCAUCAGGCGUAUGGAAAGGAACAAGUGGUGGAGAAGUUAUAUGUAUCAGUGGUUGUGAUGACCAUCAAACCUCUGCGGAAACACAAUCAAUCCCAACAACAGGUGUCAUGACUUCCUGCUUCAUCCAAGCAAUCAAGAGUGGACAGGCAGCCACAUAUGGGAGCUUACUCUAUUUUAUGCGUAAUAGCAUUCGAAGUGGUGGUGGUGGUGGUGGUAGUGGUAGUGGUGGUGCUGUUACAUCUCUUGCAGGCAUGCUUCUAGCAGGCGGAAGUGUUGGUGGUGGUGGGCUGACACAGGUAUUGGCUUGCACAACAUUCUUUGUAUUGGUAUUGAAAUUUAAUGAUAGUCGUCGUUAUAUCACUAUGGGCUUUCUAUAUAAAAACAAGCUUCAUCUUCAAAUGAGUCUCAUUCGUUUAUAAGCAUCCGGUCAAUUUCUUGUCAUUUUGUUUUGCUUUUUACAGGAGCCUCAAUUAACUGCCUGCGACCCAUUCGAUGUGUACACGAAACCUUUUGCCCUAUGAUCUUUUAUCUGUCUACACAGAUCAACACUUCAUCAUAUCUCUAAAUAUGUAUUUUGGGCUUUAGAUAAUUGUGAAACAACUUGAUGAGUAAUAAAUUUAUGUUUGCUAUCGAUAGGUUUACUCUUUGUUUGUACUGCUCCGUACCUUUGGUAUGACUGUCCUCUGUUCCUAAGAUGUUUUUGUU